AUGUCAAGGUUUCGACUUAUUUUGCUACGUAAUGUUGGUCUUGCCCUCGAGCUAAAAAGAAUCGUGUCUGUAGGAAAACAGUGCCAGUUUUUUCAAGAAGAGUUCCACUAUCUGAACGUAGCUCGAAUUGGAGUAUUUACUUUGCACAACCUGUUUGAUUGCACAUUGAAAUGCUUAAGAAAUGCUUUGUGCCUUUCGAUCAAUGUGGCCGCCUCCAAAGGAGCAAAUGAAAAGCUUUGGUGCGAGUUGCUAUCUUCAGAUAAAUACAGAGACGCUGAGAGCUACAACGAAAACAUGAGAUCGCAUCAUUUGUCUAUUCAGCUUCCUUGUUCUUCUUCGCCAAGCCAAAACGGAGGAACCUGCACACCGAGUUCCGAAUACAAUUCUUACAAAUGUCGAUGUGAACAAGGAUUCGUGGGAGAAUAUUGUGAGAAAGCCAUACAUUCGUGCAAGGAUCUGCAUGAUUUCUACAGGUCUGACGUCAGUCAACUGGUCACUCUUCGUUUGGACUCCAAAUCAGUCUCUGUUCUCUGUCAUUUGGGGAAUUUUGGAAGUGGAAAUGGAGAAUGGACGCCAGUUAUGAAGAUUGACGGCGCAAAGAUAACCUUUCAUUAUGAUGCGAGUUAUUGGAGUGAUUAUGAAGAAUACAACCUUCCCGGGGGAAAGACUGGAUUUGAUAAACAGGAAACGAAGCUGCCCACCUACUGGAACACGUCCUUUUCCAAGAUCUGUCUCGGUAUGAAAAUCGGACAACAUAUUCAGUUCAUUGUCAUCAACAAGCAGGCUCACUCUCUGUACUCACUCAUCGCUGAUGAGCAUUACCGUUCCACCUCACUGGGUCGUGGCACGUGGAAGAAGCUGAUUGGUUCGCAAGCCUCUUUACAGCACAACUGCAACAAGGAAGGGUUCAAUGUCGUUUGUAAUCAGGAGGAAAAUUCUAGAGCAAGAAUUGGUAUCGUUAGCAACAAUGAGAACGAUUGUCACUCGUGUGACUCAAGGAUUGGAUUUGGCUCAAGAGGGAAGCACGACAACUCUAACACGUGUGGUAACGAAGCCAUGUACUCCACAGAUAAUGGAGAUAAACAUAUUAAAGCCAUGGGAUACAUCUUGGUACAAUGA